CGUCAGACCUUUUUCGCGGUCUCGAUCGGGGCUUUGUCAAGCUUCUUGCUUUUCUACCUAUCAAAGCUAGACCCCUUUAAUAAGAUACAGUUUGCCACUGCAAUGGACCUUCUCACUCUCCCGCCCACUCUUCCUAAACAAUGCAAUGGCCCUUAGCUUGCUCGUGCCAAAUGCUCUACUAGCAAACCAUCUUUAACUCGUCGACUCCCACAUCUUCCAUCAGCUCCAAUAGCUCCUCCUUAUCUCCCCCAAACGUAAACGCUGCCGUCGCCGAUACCAUGCCCGAGGUGCGACGAGGCAGUCUUCAGAUUGUGUCUGGCUCGGGCGUCUCAUCCACAGAAGCCUCCGGGCUACCUGACGCUGCGAAUCCCACUCGUCCCUCUCAAUCGCACCAAUCGUCAAACGAACGCGUGCGCUUCGAUGUCCUUCCAGAACCUACCCAGCGAAGGGAUACCGGCGGCUCGGAUUUUUCGGAAGCACCCCGACGAAGCCUUUCGUAUGCUCAGCGACCUGUAGCCGACGCUUAUUACGAUUCUCGAGCUGCCACACAGACCGAAUACAGACGACGAGCAAAGACUCUUCAAGAGUACUACGAUGAUAACCCGAAUCUACUACCACAGCUGCCGUUCACGUGGCACCACGGCUGGAAACGCUGGAGACUCUUCAUAUUCGCCUUUCUAGUCUUUGUCGAUGCCUCGGCCAUUCCCAUCGCGCUCUACUAUGGCAUGUACUACGCUGGCGACGUCGAGGGAUGGAUCAUCUUUGCCGUCGUGACGACCAUCUGGGGAGGCCCCACGUAUCUCGAGUUCGCGAUCCGUACGCUCCGAUUGAUGAAGGUGGAUAGGUUCUAUCGGCCUCUUGGGACAAAUUCACGAUGGUGCUUUGACAUGUUGACGUGGGCGUCUACCCUCACCAUCACUGUUGUCACAGCUCUUUUUAUUAUUGGAAGCGCUCCUCAUAAUGUGUGGUUGAGAGUUCUGUGCAUGCCUGCCCCAGCAAUUCUGUAUUGUCUUGGAGGUGUGCUGUUUCUUAUAUCGUUGUAUAAUUACAUGGGCUGGCCAGCACCAUUCCGGAUCAGCUCCACAGCCAAGGGAGAACAGGUACUACCGGGCGCAUACUACUUCAUCGAGGACGUUGUCGCGGUUAAUGCUGGCGGCGGCCGACCCUACCGUGAAGCUUUGGCCGCCCGUUACAAGGCCAGUCCUCGCUUCCGGCGGAUGGUUUACGUUCAAUCCUGGUUCUGGUCUAUUCCAGCUCUGAUACUCGCCAUACCUCUUACUGUUAUCUCGGUCAUUCCCCAGGUUCCAGCAACAGGUGCUUACGGCGUCGCCUGGGCAGUCCCCUUCCUGUGGGCUACACUUUGGGGCAUUAUCACGAUCAAAUGGUGCAAGAGAGAUAUGGCUCGGGAAAGGAAGGAGUGGGAGGCAGGCAUUGACUCGGAAAAGGAACUUAAAAAGGAGGGUUCCACGCAGCAGGUAUAGAUGGGGUGGUUAAUUACGCGUACACGAUGCCAGUCGGGGAGUCAACGACUGGUCACGAAGCAUAUACGGAACAUGACUUUUGGCGUUGAGGCCGAUGAUUACCAUUAUUUACGAUUAGAAUGAAAUGUACAUAUCUUGGCACUGGCCAUCUUGUCAAGUUCUAUUGACUUUUGUCAAUGAGGUGCUUUGC